UCUCCUCUCCACACCCUCCUCUAUAUAACCCGAGUUCCCUCUUUCUCACCAGCACAGCAUCAACUACUCAGCAUUGCAACAACUCUACUGCAAACCAAAUCAGGAGCAAGAAACCACAGGACAAUCCGGUCGAUCUUAGCAAGAAAGAAGAGAGCUCGAUCAAUGGCGGGUGCAGCGAAGGCGUCGUGGAUGGUGGCGAUGAGCGUGGGCGCCGUGGAGGCGCUCAAGGACCAGGGCGGACUCUGCCGCUGGAACUACGCGCUGCGGUCCAUCCACAAAGCAGCCAAGGCCAACGCCGCCGGCGUCUCUCAGGGCAAGAAGCUGCCUGCUUCUGCGGCGGCGGUGGCGGAGAGGAGGAGAGCGGAGAAGGCCGAGGAGGGGCUGAGGACGGUCAUGUACCUCAGCUGCUGGGGUCCCAAUUAGUAUAUAGCACGAUCUAAUUAGCUAGGAGUGAGUCUGUAGUAGCAGCCAUGGCCUAAGAACUUGGCCGGUUGCCUCCUGAUUGUAAUAUACCAAGAUGAUGAUGAUAACUUCUGUUACUCGAGUA